UGAUUGAAUAAUGAGUCUUACAAAAAAGUCUUCAACUAGUCCUCAUUAUAGUGAUCUUCAUCAGAGCCUCUGUCCUUAAUUUACUACCAAAUUGAUUACCAUGACCAACCGAUUGUGCACAUUAGGUAGUGAAUUGCAAAUUGAUUACCAAAUUGACCCAUUUGUUCAAGGUCGACUUGAGUAAGAUGAAGGCAUGAAGCUGACUUGAGCACAAGAGGCAGCAACCAUUUCUAUGAUAUUAAAAGCUGCCACACUCUUCCUUUUAAUAAAGAAGCAAAAAAGCUUGUCUGCCACACUCCCCCCCCCCCCCCCCCCCCUAAGGAAGGAAGGAGCAGCUCCCUCGUAGCAGUGGGAGAUGAUGGAUCGACGGUGCUUGGGUCGCCGGAAUCUGGUGCUGCAGAUAGGUCGGAUAUGCACAGCCUCUACUUGACAGGUAAUAGGUUUUCGGGUCCAAUUCCCGACUUUAUCUUCGGUUUGCAGAGCUUGGAUGUUGUCUUUCCGGUCUUGACAAAGGUGAAGAGAGCAGAGGAGACUGUGAGCCAAAUCAAAUCGAUCAGUUUCAGUAUAAAGGAGGGAGUGGAGCAACACUGCAAAUCUUGAGAUGGUGGUGAGCCGAGUGGAAGCACAGUGACGAGCAAACGUAGUGAGCAUGGAGAAGAUAGCAUCCGAUUUGAAAGUAUCGGAGUUGAAGCAGAGGAGUCUAGGCAAGGCGUACGAGACCCUGCAUUCCCAAGCGUCUUCCUUGCUCUUUCUCACCAUUCAAUGGAAAGACCUCCAGGAACAGUUUGAUUCGACCCGGAAUGCGAUCCGGACUCGUUUCGAAGAGCUUCAGGAACGAGAGAAGCAGUUGGAAGCCAAGGAGUCAAACUUGAAGUCGGAGAUGGAAUCCAAAAUGAAUGACUUGUUUGGAGUUGAGAAGCUGAUUGAUGAGAAAGUACAAGAGGUUAUAGAAAUAAAGAGAUCGAUUCAAAAGCAUAGUGAGGAGAUUGAACGUGAAGAGAAGAGAGUCUUGGAAGUACAGAAAUUGGUUAUAGACAAGGAGAGGGAGUGUAGUUUGAUCGAAAGACGGAUUCAAGAGCGUGCGAAGAAACUGAGUUGGGUUGAGAGAAGAACUGAAGAGAAAUUGAAUGAGGUUGAGUCUAAGGAGAGGGAACUGAAGAAGUACCGUGAGGAUGCUAAGUUGAAAGUGGAGCAACUAAGUGUGAUUGAUGGGGCAAUUGUGGAGCGCAACGAAAUCAUCGAGUCAAAAGAAGAGGAAAUUAAAGCGGCGCAGAUGUCAAUCGAAGAAUGUGAGAGAAGAAUAAAAUCAAAAGAGGAGAAAUUGAGUUGGAUUGAGAAGAGUAUUGAAGUGACAUCUAAGUUGGUUAACUCUAAGGAGGAGGAAGUGAGAGUGAUACAACGAUCGUUGAAUGUACACCGUGAGAGUAUUAAGUCGAAAGAGAAUGACUUAGAUGCGAUUCUUGAGUCGAUUGAAUGGAAGAAGAAAGAAUUUGAUGUGAAAGAAGAGCAAAUUAAAACGUUGCAGAGAUUGCUUGAGGGAUGUGAGAAAGAGCUCAAAUUGAAAGAGGAGAAAUUGAAGGAGGAAACAUUGAAAGUGAAAGAGUACAGUGCGCGAAAUAGACAACUGGAGGGGUGGUCCUGCAAGCUUGAAUUUAAAGAGAGGGAAGUUGAAUUGAAAGAGAAGCAAAUAGAGUCUAAAAUGGAGGAAUUUAAAAAAUGGGUUCAACAACGCGGAAAGGAUUUGAAUUCACUCUCCUCGGAACUGAAAGUUAAAGAGUGUCAACUUAAACAGGAGGCCAAAGAGCUUGAGUUGACGAAGAAACAAUUUGGUGUUGUUGCUCAAGUGAAGAUGGGGCCAUUGGAAAAGGCUCCAGCUGACAAUGCCAUUGUUUCUUCAUCUGCAAGUGAUCAAUCCAACAUCAAUAUUACUGAUGGUAGAAGUUUGCAGUUGUUCGUGUAUGAGCAUAUGAAGAGAAAUGAUUUAAUAAGCAAUAAGAUCUCAUCCUUUCUCCAACAGAAGUCAUCAGAACCAGCAAAAUUGGUUUUGGAUGCAAUGCAAGGGUUUUACACUUCAAAUUUGACUGUCGAGAACAAGGAGUUUGAUUUGGUGCUUAUUAGAAGGACAUGCAUUCUUUUGUUGGAAGAAUUAAAGAGAGUCUCACCCCAAACUAAUCCAGAGGUCAGAGAAGAAGCAAUGAAGUUGGCCAGUGAUUGGAAGGCUAAGAUGAAAGUGGAGAGUGAGAAUUGGUUGGAGAUUUUGGGUUUUUUGCGGCUUGUUACUACUUAUGGAUUGACCUCUGCUUAUAACGAGAAGGAGCUUCAAAGUCUUCUUGAUAUAGUUGCUCAGCAUGAACAAGCGACAGAAUUAUCACGGGCCCUUGCUACCACAGAUAAGGCACAUGCAAAUAGCAACAUCUGUUCUCCUAUGAAAAUUAGAAAGACAGAAUCUCCGGUAGCCCAAAAUGAAGCAACGAUCUCUUCUCCAAAUCUUCAGCAAGCUGCCACUAUUGAUGCAAGGAAUUUGCAGGGGUUUCAAAAUGAGCAGUGUCGUGAAGCCUGUGAUUCUGCUUAUUCUGCUUUGAGAAGUAUUAUUUAUGAUCUUAUUGGAAAGAAGAGACUGAUUGAGGCUGUUGGAUUGAUUUACACCAUGAAGUUAUUUGACAAGUUCCCCCCAGUACAAUUCUUAAAAGAAUAUGUUGAUAAUGGAAAGAAGUGCUGCAGGAAUAGAACCAAGAGAAAGAAAUCGCUGGAUGAAAAGGAUAAGAUUACAGACCAGCAUAUAGCAGAUCUACGAGUUGUUAUUCAAUGUAUCAAAGAUUACAACCUCGAGUCUGAAUGUCCACCUGAGGAAAUUGAAUCACAAAUUGCUGUACUUGAAGUUGUUAAGGAGCGGAGACGUUUAGUGUCAUCUUCUCUUGUUUUAAGGGUUGAACAACAACAGCGAAAAGUGCUGAAAAAUGUUGAAGUACAUGAACAAGUAGAGCAGAAAGCCUCCAAGGGUGAACAACAAGAACAGCAAAAAGAACAGAAAACCUCUGAGGCUGAACUACAAGAAAAAGUACAGCAGAAAGCCUCCAAUAAGGUUGAAGAACAAGAACAGCAACAAGAGAAAAACGCCUCCAAGGUUAAACAGCAAGAACAACAAGAGCAGAAAGCCACCAAAGUUAAACAACAGCAGAAAAAAGGGAAUAAACGUCCAAACAGCACGUUUGCCCCCAGGUUUGGUCACCAACAGCAGUGUAAAAAUAAAUUUCAAAGAACAUCUAUAUUAGCUGAUAGAAACCUGGACCACCCUGACUAUCCGAAUCCAAGUUCAUCAACUUGGACACAUGGAAGUUAUGGAUUCCGUGGACAGUUUGGUACUGCCGUCAACAAGCAUGAAGUUCAUGCUAGUCAUGGACAUCCUGUGCAGUUUGGUAUUCCGGCUAAUGGUAGCGCUAUUUAUGCAUACAGUGGACAAAUCUCGGAAUAAAUCAAUCAUAUCCCUGCCCUCCUGGAUGUGCCCCUCACUAAACCUACUCUUUGACCUCUCGCUAAUUAACCGUGAAGUGCUAAUGUGUAGAUGGCACUGUACAAGUACAGUUUUGUAGGUUGCCUGCAUUGUUCCCUCUAUAAUCUACUCUAGAUUGGUUUUCCUGUUGAAAGUUUCAAUUUGAAAAAGAAGUAUAUUACUUUGAUGUACAGCAGAAUAUUUUAACUCUUUUUAACAUUUUUGGCCGUUGUACUACGGACAUGGAAAUUGCAGAUGCAUGUGUUUCUGUAUAAGCACUAUUAUGUUAACGGCGAGGAUGAAUAUAUCAUUUUUAUUUAAAUUUC